GACGACAUCCACAUAGCGGUGAGUGGGCGUGCUCAGCUAUGACCAAUAGGAACUGACAUGCAGUGUUACCAGGGAAACGGCGUUCAGUGGCUGGAAUAGGGAGAAGGUGGUACUCCUAUCAGCCAUGCUAACGUGCUAACGUGCUAACUGUCCAGUAGGUUUACGGUUGACUCUUCAGCGACUGUUAAAUAUUAAAAAAAGACUCCAAGACGUCAUUAAGGCCCGCCGUCUGAUCCGCGCCGUCCCCGCUUUGCUGACGGGUCUUUUAGUACGUUAGCUAAUUAGCAGGGCUGUGCGGAGGCUAGCGUAGUGACUAGCUUAGCACGCUACUCCCGUUUUUCUAUUCUUUUACACGCUUAAUAGCGACCACAAGCCGGUUAGCUGCGAGAUAAUUACAGGGUGUAGCACGGGAUGGACGUGAGUUAACGGCCGGUACUGGGACGGUCUGACCCGGUUCUGUUUCUCUCUCUGUGGCCGGACCCGAGUAGGUUCCAUCCACCUUGGUCAUUUUGGACCGGGGUGUGUGUGGCGGGUCAAGCCCCGGACUCAGGGACGAGAUGCUGCGGACCAGGGGGUCACUUUACCGGUGCUGAUCAGGGGGCCUCAGUGCAAGAUGGAUGUGUGCAGCAGGAACCCCAACCGCACGGCGCCGGUGGGUGAGGAUGGGCCCCACCGGGCCGAGGCGCCGCUCUGCUCCAGGACCAACGGGUGGAGCUGGCCCCCCCACCCUUUCCAGCUGCUGGCCUGGCUGCUCUAUCUCUACUUUGCCGUCACUGGUUUUGGCGUGUUUGUUCCGCUGCUGCCCCCCCACUGGAUCCCCGCCGGCUACAUAUGUACUGGGGUCACCUUCGUCUGCCACAUGUGCGUCCACGUGAUGGCCGUGUCUGUGGACCCGGCCGACCGUAACGUCAGAACCAAGAGCCACCGGGGCCCGGUGCCCGAGUUCGACCGCUCCAAACACGCCCAUGUCAUCGAGAACUGCCACUGCUACCUGUGCCAGGUGGAUGUAGGUCCCAAGUCUAAGCACUGCAGCGCCUGUAACAAGUGUGUUUCUGACUUUGAUCAUCACUGCCGCUGGCUCAACAACUGUGUGGGAAGCAGGAACUACAGGCUGUUCCUCCACAGCGUGGUCUCAGCUCUGUUGGGAGUCUCUCUGGUUCUGGUCGUCUCCUCCUACGUCUUCAUUGAGUUUUUUCUGGACCCGUCCAAGCUCCGCUCUGACAAGCACUUCCUGGAGAGGAAUGAGACCUCUGUGUGGUUCCUCUUCCUGCCGGUGGCUCCGGUUCGGGCGGCGGCGGCGGUGAUUCCGGGCGUUGCCGCCGUCACAAUCGCUCUGGGUCUGAUGUCCUCUGUACUGCUCUGCCACCUACUGUGCUUCCAUCUCUACCUGAUGUGGAACCGACUCAGCACUUUUGAGUACAUUGUGCGUCAGCGCCACCGUCAGGACGGCAGAGACCUGGAGAAGCCGGGAAAGGAGAAGCCGCUGGCUGAACCCUCGCUCCAGCCCUUCCAGGACGUAAACUACUCGGACACACUGGGCUACACCAACCCUCAGCUGGAGGUGGAGGACCCCACCACGGCCUCCAAGCAGGGGGAGGCAGAUCCUGUCAUGGAGGAAGAGGCUCCGCCCACAACAUCUGCUGAACUGAAAGAAGAAGAAAACACACACAGACGAACACAGAAAAAGAAGAAGAAGAAGGUUCGUAAAGUUCCAGUAGUGGUCACCAGAAGACGCUGUCCGGGUUCAGCCCCGCCCCCCGAGCCUAGCGGCGUGUCGGCUGGGUCCCUAGGUCAGCGGCUUCCUUUCGCCGCAUUCCCUCUGAGGUCUUCCCUGCCCCCCCUGGUCCCCGCCUCGGGGCUGGUCCAGGCUGCCGCCCCCCCCGCCGAGUACCACUCGGACUCGGCCGAGUCUCUGGAGGAGAUUCCCGUGGCUUUGGCCAAACUGGGUUCUUCGUCCUCCGCUGCUGCCAGAGAGGCCUCCUCAUCUUCCCACCGGGUCGUCCCUGCGUUCCCCCUCCCGUCCCCCCUGCCCAGGACUAAGAGAAAGGCCCCCGCCUCCUCCUCCCGAGCCCACAAGAGCGUCGCAGAGCUGCGGUUUGAGAUGGCCCCCACCCAGCCGCCCGUGGUGUUCGUCAGCCGGGCCAGCGGAGAGGCCGCUGACCCCCGGCAGGGCGACCUCACUCUGGGGUCCAGGCCCGGGCCUCGGGUGUCACUGGGUUCAGGCGCCCCCUGGAUAGGGCUGUGAACAAUCGGAUCUCACUGAGCUCUCCUCCCAACCAUGCACAACCACCCUUAUUUAAUUCUACAGACUUGAUUUUGUAUCUCUUGACUAUCAAUUCGUUUUUGAUGAUGACUUUUUAAUCAUGAAAGCCAAAGCUGAGUUAAUGUUGGUGCACAACCUUUAUAAAUGAAGUUAAACUGAACCUGUAAACCUUAACUUAUGUACCAGAAACUGUUGUGUGUGUUUGUGUGCAGAACCCACCCUCACACAGAGUGUGUUGGAGAGUCCUGCUAUCACCUGUCACUCACCACUACUCGUUUAUUUAACUCAUUUAAAUUAAAAAAGCCUUUUCGCAACACUGUAACUCAAAAGUUACCACUUCUCAGCCAAUAACGCACCAGUAGGCCUUACUGUGAAGCCUAUCAGCCCCCCGCCCCCCCCUUAAAGGAACAGUCCAACAGUUACUGGAUCCUUUGUUUUCUGGCUCAGUGAAAGCGGUCAGUUGAUAUGAAGCCACAGCUGGUUAUGUUAGCUUAGCAUAAAGGCUGCUGGAUGUGGGGCUGUUGUUCCCCCUUCAUUUCAGUCCUUAUGCUAAACUAAGCUAACCAGCUAAAAUGACCUUGAACUUGGUCUUUGUUCACCAACAGGAUGUUGGUUUACUUUUACAGCUUUUGGGACAUUUGAUUUAUUUAACAAUUAAGGACUGAAAACCUUUCAAUAAUCAGUUUGUCCCUUUUUAGGGUCGGAUCAUCGAGGAUCCACUGAAGCUUUUAUCAAACUCAUUUUGUCUGGGACUAUUUUCCGUGGCGGAAGGAUCCACAUGUUGUGGUCUGGAGAGUAUUUAUAUAGGGGGUACAGUCUGUUUAAGGUGUUUGCUGUAGGUAAGGGAGCAACAUGAGGCUCACAGAUGGGUUCAAAUCAAAGAGACCAUUAGGUUAAAGUGAUAUUCUUAAUAAUACCAAUAAAAUAAUAACACAGGG